AUUUUGAUUUUAGGUUAGACCGUAAAAUUUUAGAAUUUUCAAAAAAGGCUGAAAGAUUAAUUCAAGUUAUCUAUAUCUCAUUUGCGAAAAUAUUACAGUUUUUCAAGUCUUAAACUCUCAUUGAAAUCUCUAUUAGUUUCAUUCAAACCUGCAAGUAUUGUACUUACUUCCUGUACGUAGCGGUAACCAUACCAGAAAUUGAAUUGUAUCACGAUGAAGAUUGAAAAGAAACUUGCCAUGUGUAAGCUUUAUUUUUACGGUGGAUUUUUGUUUCUGCCUCUUUUGUGGCUCAUCAACGUAGUCUCGUUUUUUAAAAUAUCACAUAGAAAAUCAACAGUGCCUGCUGAACAAGAACUUUACCGGUUCGUCGUAAUGUCAGGAGUUGGCGUUGCUGUGUGGACUGUGAUUCUCUCUGUUUGGAUUUAUACGUACCAGACAAAUCGUGUGAAGUGGGGUGACUUCGGGGACGAUAUAUCUUUUUUGAUUCCAACUGGAUCAUAA